CCUUCGCCGCGGCACCGCGCUCCUCAGGGCCUGCGCUCUAAUGUCCUUUCCCCGGUGUGCCCUGCUGUGGGCUCGGCUCCCGGCGGGGCGCCGCGCCGGACACCGGGCGGCCGUCUGCUCCGCCCUCCGCGCUCACGGCGGGCCGGUCCCCGGGCCUCUGGGGCGCACUCCCGCCGUUGCCUCCGCCUCGUCUUCUGCGUCCGGAGGUUCCAAAGCCCCCAACACGUCCCUGUUUGUGCCGCUGACGGUGAAACCUCAGGGCCCCAGCGCGGAUGGCGACGUGGGGGCCGAGCUCACCCGGCCCCUGGACAAGAAUGAAGUAAAGAAGAUCUUAGACCAGUUUUACAAGAGGAAAGAAAUUCAGAAACUGGGUGCUGAUUAUGGACUCGAUGCUCGUCUCUUCCACCAAGCUUUCAUAAGCUUUAGAAAUUAUAUCCUGCAGUCUCAUUCCUUGGAUGUGGACAUUCACAUUAUUUUGAAUGAUAUUUGCUUCAGUGCAGUGUUUUGUUUUCCAGCUCAUGUGGAUGAUUUAUUUCCAUUUUUCUUGAGACAUGCAAAACAGAUAUUUCCCGUGUUGGAAUGUAAGGAUGAUCUACGUAAAAUCAGUGACUUAAGAAUACCACCUAAUUGGUACCCAGAAGCCAGAGCCAUACAGCGGAAGAUAGUAUUCCAUUCAGGCCCCACAAACAGUGGAAAGACUUACCAUGCAAUCCAGAAAUACUUGUCAGCAAAAUCUGGAGUGUAUUGUGGUCCUUUAAAAUUACUGGCACAUGAGAUCUUCGAAAAGAGUAAUGCUGAGGGUGUGCCAUGUGACCUGGUAACAGGUGAAGAGCGCGUGUCAGUAGAGCCAAAUGGGAAACAGGCUGCCCAUGUUGCUUGUACUGUUGAGAUGUGCAGUGUUACAACUCCUUAUGAAGUGGCUGUGAUUGACGAAAUUCAAAUGAUUAAAGACCCAGCCAGAGGAUGGGCCUGGACCAGAGCACUUCUAGGACUGUGUGCUGAAGAGGUUCAUUUAUGUGGAGAAGCUGCUGCUAUUGACCUGGUUACUGAGCUUUUGUACACGACUGGGGAGGAAGUGGAGGUUCGAAACUAUACAAGGCUUACACCCAUUUCUGUGCUGGAUCAUGCAUUAGAAUCUUUAGACAACCUUCGGCCUGGGGACUGCAUUGUCUGUUUUAGCAAGAAUGAUAUUUAUUCUGUGAGUCGACAGAUUGAAAUUCGGGGAUUGGAAUCAGCUGUUAUAUAUGGCAGUCUCCCACCUGGGACCAAACUUGCUCAAGCAAAAAAGUUUAACGAUCCUGAUGAUCCAUGCAAAAUCCUGGUUGCUACAGAUGCAAUUGGCAUGGGACUUAAUUUGAGCAUAAGAAGAAUUAUUUUUUAUUCCCUUAUAAAGCCCAGUAUCAAUGAAAAGGGAGAGAAGGAACUAGAACCAAUCACCACUUCUCAAGCCUUGCAGAUUGCUGGCAGAGCUGGUAGAUUCAGUUCGAAAUAUAAAGAAGGAGAGGUUACAACAAUGAAUCGAGAAGACCUCCGUUUAUUAAAGGAGAUUUUGAAUAAGCCUGUCGAUCCUAUAAAGGCAGCUGGUCUUCAUCCAACUGCUGAACAGAUUGAAAUGUUUGCCUACCAUCUGCCUGAUACAACACUGUCUAAUCUCAUUGAUAUUUUUGUAGACUUUUCACAAGUUGAUGGGCAGUAUUUUGUCUGCAAUCUGGAUGAUUUUAAGUUUUCUGCGGAGUUGAUCCAGCAUAUUCCAUUAAGCCUGCGAGUAAGGUAUGUGUUCUGCACAGCCCCUAUCAACAAGAAGCAGCCUUUCGUCUGCUCUUCACUGUUACAGUUUGCCAGGCAGUAUAGCAGGAACGAGCCCUUGACCUUUGCAUGGUUACGCCGAUAUAUUAAAUGGCCAUUACAUCCACCUAAUAAUAUUAAAGACCUCAUGGAUCUUGAAGCUGUCCACGAUGUCUUGGAUCUUUACCUGUGGCUAAGCUAUCGGUUUAUAGAUAUGUUUCCAGAUGCCAGCCUUGUUCGAGACCUGCAGAAAGAGCUAGAUGGCAUUAUCCAAGAGGGUGUACACAACAUCACCAAACUGAUUAAAAUUUCAGAGGCACAAAGGCUGUUGAAUUUGGAGAAUGUGUCAGCAGACAGCCGGUCUCGUUUGCCAGGAACAUUGAAGAGCCAAGCAAGAAGGAUGCGCGGUACCAAAACUUUAGGGUAUAAAGCUGUUGAGCCACCCAGCCCCAGUGCGGAAGAGAAAUCCCUUGCUUCCAGGUUGGUGCAGCAAGGACUCCUCACUGCAGACAUGCUGAAACAGCUGGAGAAGGAGUGGCUGACACAGCGGACUGAGCAUGGCAAAGACAGGACAGCGCCUGGGACUUCCUCCAAAGGGUCAAGAAGAAAGAAGAAGGAACCUGAUUCAGAUUAGAACUUCAUAGUAUAGCACUAAGACAAUGCACUAUAAAGAACUCUGCAUGGCAAUCAAACCCGUUUGGUGAAUUGUUUGACCAGUUUUCUACACCAUUGCUGAGGAUGUCAUGGAUGGAAUUGCUGUCUCUUGAACCCACGUACCAGAAGCUGUUCUAGGUGCUGGAAACAUAUAGUAAGCAAGAUGUAUUAUAUGGAGAUUUUGAUACGGAGACAAAUAGGAGUAAGUUAAGUAAAUGUCAGCUCUGUGAGGGUAGAGAUGGUUGUGUGUCUAGUUCACUGCUGUGUUUUCAGUGCCUAGAAUACAGUAGAAGCACAAUCAGUCUUUGUUCAAUGAAUGAGUGUACUUUUGGAGAUAACUGUUAGGAUAAAGUAGAAUAAGGAAAGAGAGUAACAAGCAGUAGCAGUGGACUAUUCUACAUAGAGUGGGUGGUCUUCCCAUGUCAGAGGUCAGUCUGAUGCAUAGUGGCCUCUAUUGCCCAACACAGUUUUCAGCCCUGAUUAGUGAUACAGCUUAAAAGGAGCUUAAGGGCUUUGACAUUGGACAGGCCUGAGUUCAGCUUCUCUCAUUACCCGCCCGGUGACCUUGCCCUCUCUGAGGAUGGACAGUAAUGCCACUCAGAGUUGUUCAGGAGGUUAAAUGUGAUGAGGUGCCAUUUAGCACGGCGCCUGGUAUAUAUGAAGUGUUUUACAAAUGAAACGGAAGGUUUGGGUUCACUCUGGGCUGUGAAUUGACCACUUAAGUCAUUCCAGGAACUGAACUAAUUUCUUGAGCGGCUGCUAAACAGGCUGACUUCAGACUAGCGAUUACACUGACUUGGUUGAAAGUGGGUCAAGAACAGUUUGGCAAACUAGUGAUCUUUUUCUGGCUUUUUCUUUGGUAGUUCUGGAGUUCAGAUGAUGUUUCAUUUAAUUGAGAUGGCAAUCUUUAUUCUAAUCUUUGUCUUUCUGGAAAUAAAGGCUGAGUAGAUGGCA